AUGGGAAUUUCAACUCCAAGCAAAUUUUUAACAAGAUUGAACCAACGAGCUACUAUUAUAAAGCAUCCUACUGCAAACUUGAUGAUUGCCAUAGGCACUUCAACCCAGGGCCAGGAUCAAGCCAACAUAGCCAACGCAUUUGUCUGCGAUCCAAAACAAUUCAAGAUGCUGGAUCCCCCCAUGCUGGCCAUCGAACAAAGCCAAAGCCCUUAUUUGGUAAACGCAAACGCUGAAAUUGGAGAGCCUUGCUUCAUGUAUCUGCAAACUAGUAAGAUCCUAGUCAUGCAAAUGAUAUCUUGUCGCCAUUUCUGUGUAUCUAUCGAAGCCGAGCACCUCUUUGGGUCAAUUGCCAAGGACGUUGUUAAAACCCACCACUUGAUUAAAGAAUCUGGUCAGGUAUACAGCUCUAGCUGGAUGACUGGAAGCUUUGAAGGGGGGAAAUGCGGCUGUCUGACCAAACUGAUGCUCCUUCUCCUGUUGCAAGCAUCUCGCUUUACGAGAAAAUCCGCUGACGACAUCCUUGAAAAAUUAGUACAAGACCUGGAAGUUUGCUCCCUUGUUUGCACUGCCAUGAAAUACUGGCGUGGGACCAAGGAGAUUGGACCGGAUGGCCCGCCAAUCCAAAGACAGGGCGGGGACGGAUGCUCGUUGCGGACGAAGGUAUGUCAAUGCCUCAGCAUCCUCCACGAUGCCGCAAAGAAGAGACAGGAGGAGAGCCAAGCUUUGCAAGUAAAACCAAAGAGUCGACAGGUUACCUCAGUGGAGGGAGCGUUGCCUCAAAUCAAAGAUUCUGCCACCCUUCCUUCCAACGAUGACGGCGAUGGACUCGUUGUUCCAGUCGGUAAACCGUUGCUCCAAAGAAAAGGCUCUGCCACCCUCUGGUCAGAGGACAGCAGUUACAGCAGUCUUCUUAAAGAGAAGGAGGGACGAGUCGACUUGGGACGAAACGAUUGGCGUCGGCCAUUCGGGAUCUCUCCUGCUUACACACUUGAAUAUGAAAUACCCCUUCCAUUCUUCGGCAUAGUCCUUGCUCCCCUCCGGAAUACAGAAAAGCAGAUGAAGAUCCUUUUGGGGUCAGUCUUGAUAAACAAGGGGAAUCAUCAGAAUAAGAAGACACUUGUUCAAUCUAUAGUACAGCAAACCCUUCAACAUAUGGAAGAUCUAAGAAGAAGGUACUAA